AAAAGAAUGAAGCAAAAGCAUGCCUCUUAUAUGAAAAAUUGGCUGAGUCUGGUGAAAAGGGUGAAGAUAGUUAUUGUUAUGGAAAAGAGAAGGAAAAUGGAGAAAGCAACAAAAAUAACAAAGAAACUUACCCUGGAACUAAUAAUGAAGAUAAGGCUGACAAUGAAAAUGCUGAUGAGGACGAUAAGGAUGCUGAUUAUAAAAUGGUUGUUAAUAAAGAAGAUACAAAAUAG